CAGCGCAGAGGGCUCAAGCAGCGGGGAGGAGCGGACGGCUCAUAGGCUGCUGUGGUGUGUGUGUGUGUGUGUGUGUGUGUGUGUGUGUGUGUGUGUGUGUGUGUGUGUGUGUGUGUGUGUGUGUGUGUGUGUGUGUGUGUGUGUGUGUGUGUGUGUGUGUGUGUGUUGAUCAGUGGAAUAAAGCGCACGGACAGACAGGCAGAGUGACAGGCGGGGGAAGGCUGAAUUGUUACCACAGCUCCACAUGGAUGAGGAUUAAUUCAUUGGAUUUUCACACAAUUACAUCUCAACACACACACACACCCACACACACACACAGAUCUGUUAGCUGGAAGAUGCUGCAUUAGUUCAUAACAAGCCACUGUCUCCCUAGAUGACCGUGGUGAGUCAGCCAUGCAGGAGAUGCAGAGGGCGAGAGAGAGAGGGGGAUGAAGAGAGGCUAGAGGAGAAGAGGAACAGGAACGGAUUCCACCGCUGCCGCUGGUGGCGAGGAGCACCUGGUAUGAGAGGGGAUAGAGCGUUUCCUAGAGAGGAGGAAGGGGAGGAGGGAUGGAGAGGAGGCCGUCGUGUAGUGACAGGCUCUGAUAGCUCCUCGCUCCCCGGGAGAGUCAGAGACAGAAACACAGCGGCUGAGGAGGGACAGGAGGUAUUUGGAAAGUGACGUGGGAUCAGAGGAGGAGGGUGUGUUUUGGUUCGGGACGAAAGGAACAGGAGUAACAUGGCCGCUCAGUCUGAUGGAGGGGGAUGGGGAGGAACGGGGGAGGGUGUGGGGGAGGGGGUGUUUGAUGGAGACACAGAGGGAGACUGUCAGCCUCUGGAAUCUGCAGCCAUUCACAUCUGUCUCUGUUGCCACUCUGCUGUCUGCUAUUGGGGCUGUCGCUCCAACUGCCUGGGAAACCUGCUGGGGGAGAACACUACUGGAGGGAUUGGAGGGACCGGAGUUGGCAGGGGUAGCGGUUUAAGGGAGACUCGCUGCCCGCCAGAGGAGGGCCUGUGGCUGGACUGUCUCUGGCUGAUCCUGGCUCUCCUCGUCUUCUUUUGGGACGUGGGAACAGACCUACUUCUCGCUGCGGACUACUACACCAGACAGGACUAUCUGUGGUUUAGUCUGACACUUUUUCUUGUGCUGGUGCCGUCGAUUGUGGUUCAGAUCCUGAGCUUCCGCUGGUUCACCCAGGACUACAGCGGAGAGUGUCUGACAACCUGGCUGGGGACAGUGGACUGCAGCAAGGGAGGAGAGAGAGAAAAGCUAACCAGGCGAGAGCCAGCCGACCAAAGAUGGAUUUAUCCCGGGACAGACCGGGUAAGAGUGGCCUCAGUGUGGCUGUGGCAGAUCACCAUACACAUUCUACAGCUGGGACAGGUCUGGAGGUAUAUCCGUACGUUGUACCUGGGUAUCCAGUCCCACCGUAUGAAGGAGCUUAAGGAGGCCCAGAGGAGGUUCUACUGGGCCAUGAUGUUUGAGUAUGCAGACGUCAACAUGCUGCGGCUACUGGAGACCUUCCUGGAGUCAGCUCCUCAACUAGUACUACAGCUCUGUAUUAUGAUACAGCAGAACCGGGCUGAGACUCUACAGUGUAUAUCUAGUCUAGGCUCUCUUCUGUCUCUAUCCUGGGUGUUGGCUUCGUACCACAAGCUCCUGCGUGACUCCAGGGACGACCAGCGCAGUCUGAGUUACCGCGGUGCCCUUCUCCACCUUCUCUGGCGCCUCUUCACCAUCUCCUCCCGCGUUCUCUCUCUCGCCCUCUUCGCCUCCCUCUUCCACCUGUACUUUGGCAUCUUUGUGGUGCUCCACUGGUGUGGCAUGGCACUGUGGGUGGUGCAUGGAGGAACAGACUUCUGUAUGUCUCGCUGGGAGGAGGUGCUGUUUAACUUGGUGGUGGGCAUCGUCUACAUCUUCUGUUGGUUCAACGUCAAGGAGGGACACACCAGGGGACGCAUGGUUGCUUACUACUCUGUGGUACUGGCUGAGAAUACACUUCUCACCGGACUGUGGUAUGUGUAUCGUGACCAUGCAGAAACAGACAUCUACGCGGUGCCAGCAUUGUGUGGUGUCUACCUGUCCUUUGCGGGUGGAGUACUGGUGAUGCUUCUAUACUACGGCCUUCUCCACCCCUCACACACACACCCCACCCCGGCCUCAACCUGCUGUGACGAGCUGCUGUGGGGUAACCCCCUGCCCCCCUCCGCCCCGCCAACCCCAGCCCACCUGGCCAACUCUUCCCACAGUGAUGACGUCAUCACAGACAGCUGUCUGCCGGUGUUCCAGGUGCGAUCAGAGCCCCCCACCUCACGCCAUUUCGAGGGUCCUCUGAUAAAGAUUGACAUGCCCAGGAAACGUUACCCGGCCUGGGACGCUCACUACGUGGACAGACGGCUGCGAAGAACCAUCAACCUACUGCAGUACCUGACACCUGCAGCCGCAGGCAUUCGAUACAGGGACAGAUCUCUGCUCUAUGAACUACUGCAGUACGAGUCUUCUCUCUGACACAAAUAUACAUACACAUACAGUUGAAGUCGGAAGUUUACAUAUACUUAUUUUAGAGUCAUUAAAACUCAUUUUUCAACCACUCCACAAACUUCUUGUUAAACUAUAGUUUUGGCAAGUCGGUUAGGACAUCUACUUUGUGCAUGACACAAGUAAUUUUUCAAACAAUUGUUUACAGACAGAUUAUUUCACUUAUUUCACUGUAUCACAAUUCCAGUGGGUCAGAAGUUUACAUACACAAAGUUGACUGUGCCUUUAAACACCUUGGAAAAUUCCAGAAAAUUAUGUUAUGGCUUCAUAAGAUUCUGAUAAGAGGCUAAUUGACAUCAUUUGAAUCAAUUGGAGGUGUACCUGUGGAUGUAUUUCAAGGCCUACCUUCAAAAAUGCCUCUUUGCUUGACAUCAUGGGAAAUCAAAAGAAAUCAGCCAAUACAUUGUUUUCUGGUUCGUCCUUGGGAGCAAUUUCCAAACGCCUGAAGGUACCACGUUCAUCUGUACAAACAAUAGUACGCAAGUAUAAACACCAUGGGACCACGCCGCCGUCAUACCGCUCAGGAAGGAGACACGUUCUGUCUCCUAGAGAUGAACGUACUUUGGUGCGAAAAGUGCAAAUCAAUCCCAGAACAACAGCAAAGGAACUUCUGAAGAUUCUGGAGGAAACAGGUACAAAAGUAUCUAUAUCCACAGUAAAACGAGUCCUAUAUCGACAUAACCUGAAAGGCCACUCAGCAAGGAAGAAGCCACUGCUCUAAAACCGCCAUAAAAAAGCCAGACUAUGGUUUGCACAUGGAGACAAAUAUCGUACUUUUUGGAGAAAUUUCCUCUGGUCUGAUGAAACAAAAAUAAAACUGUUUGGCCAUAAUGACCAUCGUUAUGUUUGGAGGAAAAAGGGGGAGGCUUGCAAGCCGAAGAACACCAUCCAAACCGUGAAGCACGGGGGUGGCAGCAUCAUGUUUGGGGGUGCUUUGAUGCAGGAGGGACUGGUGUACUUCACAAAAUAGAUGGCAUCAUGAGGGAGGAAAUUAUGUGGAUAUAUUGAAGCAACAUCUCAAGACAACAGUCAGGAAGUUAAAGCUUGGUCGCAAAUGGGUCUUCCAAAUGGACAAUGACCCCAAGCAUAAUUCCAAAGUUGUGGCAAAAUGGCUUAAGGACAACAAAGUCAAGGUAUUGGAGUGACUCAGUUACACCAGCUCUGUCAGGAGGAAGGUGCCAAAAUUCACCCAACUUAUGGUGGGAAGCUUGUGGAAGGCUACCCGAAACUUUUGACCCAAGUUAAACAAUUUAAAGGCAAUCCCACUGGGAAUGUGAUGAAAGAAAUAAAAGCUGAAAUAAAUCAUUCUCUCUACUAUUAUUCUGACAUUUCACAUUCUUAAAAUAAAGUAGUGAUCCUAACUGACCUAAAACAGGGAAUUUUUACUAGAAUUAAAUGUUAGGAAUUGUGAAAACUGAGUUUAAAUGUAUUUGGCUAAGGUGUAUGUAAACUUCCGACUUCAACUGUAUGUACAGUGGGGAGAACCAGUAUUUGAUACACUGCCGAUUUUGCAUGUUUUCCUACUUACAAAGCAUGUAGAGGUCUGUAAUCCAGAAAAUCACAUUGUAUGAUUUUUAAGUAAUUAAUUUGCAUUUUAUUGCAUGACUGAUACAUCAGAAAAUCAGAUAUUUGGUACAGAAACCUUUGUUUGCAAUUACAGAGAUCAUACGUUUCCUGUAGUUCUUGACCAGGUUUGCACACACUGCAGCAGGGAUUUUGGCCCACUCCUCCAUACAGACCUUCUCCAGAUCCUUCAGGUUUCGGGGCUGUCGCUGGGCAAUACGGACUUUCAGCUCCCUCCAAAGAUUUUCUAUUGGGUUCAGGUCUGGAGACUGGCUAGGCCACUCCAGGACCUUGAGAUGCUUCUUACGGAGCCACUCCUUAGUUGCCCUGGCUGUGUGUUUCGGGUCGUUGUCAUGCUGGAAGACCCAGCCACGACCCAUCUUCAAUGCUCUUACUGAGGGAAGGAGGUUGUUGGCCAAGAUCUCGCGAUACAUGGCCCCAUCCAUCCUCCCCUCAAUACGGUGCAGUCGUCCUGUCCCCUUUGCAGAAAAGCAUCCCCAAAGAAUGAUGUUUCCACCUCCAUGCUUCACGGUUGGGAUGGUGUUCUUGGGGUUGUACUCAUCCUUCUUCUUCCUCCAAACACGGCGAGUGGAGUUUAGACCAAAAAGCUCUAUUUUUGUCUCAUCAGACCACAUGACCUUCUCCCAUUCCUCCUCUGGAUCAUCCAGAUGGUCAUUGGCAAACUUCAGAUGGGCCUGGACAUGCGCUGGCUUGAGCAGGGGGACCUUGCAUGCGCUGCAGGAUUUUAAUCCAUGACGGCGUAGUGUGUUACUAAUGGAUUUCUUAGAGACUGUGGUCCCAGCUCUCUUCAGGUCAUUGACCAGGUCCUGCCGUGUAGUUCUGGGCUGAUCCCUCACCUUCCUCAUGAUCAUUGAUGCCCCACGAGGUGAGAUCUUGCAUGGAGCCCCAGACCGAAGGUGAUUGACCGUCAUCUUCAACUUCUUCCAUUUUCUAAUAAUUGCGCCAACAGUUGUUGCCUUCUCACCAAGCUGCUUGCCUAUUGUCCUAUAGCCCAUCCCAGCCUUGUGCAGGUCUACAAUUUUAUCCCUGAUGUCCUUACACAGCUCUCUGGUCUUGGCCAUUGUGGAGAGGAUGGAGUCUGUUUGAUUGAGUGUGUGGAUAGGUGUCUUUUAUACAGGUAACAAGUUCAAACAAAUGCAGUUAAUGCAGGUAAUGAGUGGAGAACAGGAGGGCUUCUUAAAGAAAAACUAACAGGUCUGUGAGAGCCGGAAUUCUUACUGGUUGGUAGGUGAUCAAAUACUUAUGUCAUGCAAUAAAAUGGAAAUUAAUUACUUAAAAAUCAUACAAUGUGAUUUUCUCGAUUUUUGUUUUAGAUUCCGUCUCUCACAGUUGAAGUGUACCUAUGAUAAAAAGUACAGACCUCUAAAUGCUUUGUAAGUAGGAAAACCCACAAAAUCGGCAGUGUAUCAAAUACUUGUUCUCCCCACUGUAUAUAUAUACUGUAUAUAUAUAUAUAAAUAUAUAUAUAUAUAUAUAUGCAAAAAAAUGGUCCAUUAAAACACAUGUAGCCGAUUUGAAAUGGCUAGCUAGUCAGUGGUGCGUACUUGUAGCGUUCGGUGACAUCACCUGCUCUGAGACCUAAACUGAACAGAAAUAUAAACGCAACGUUACAGUACAGUACAUAUAAGGGAAUCAGUCAACUGAAAUAAAUUAAUUUAGGCCCUAAUCUAUAGAUUUUACAUGACUGGGACUAAAGAUCUGCAUCUGUUGUUCACAGAUACCUUUUAAAAAAAGCUAGAGGCAUGGAUCAGAAAACCAGCCAGUGUUUAGUGUGCCUACCAUUUGCCUCACGCAGCGCGACACAUCUCCUUCGCAUAGAGUUAACCGGGCUGUUGAUUGUGGCCUGUGGAAUGUUGUCCCACUCCUCUUCAAUGGCUGUGCGAUGUUGCUGGAUAUUGGCGGGAAAUGGAACACGCAGUCGUAGACGUCGAUCCAGAGCAUCCCAAACAUGCUUAAUGGGUGACAUUUUCAGCUUCCAGGAAUUGUGUACAGAUCCUUGCGACAUGGGGCUGUGCAUUAUCAUCGUGAAAUAUGAGGUGAUGGCGGCGGAUUAAUGGCACGACAAUGGGCCUCAGGAUUUCUUUACGAUAUCUCUGAGCAUUCAAAUUACCAUCGAUAAAAUGCAAUUGUGUUCGUUGUCCAUAGCUUAUGCCUGCCCAUACCAUAACCACACCACCACCAUGGGGCACUCUGUUCAUUGACGUCAGCAAACCACUCACCCUCAUGGCGCCAUACUGUCUGCCAUCUGCCCGGUACAGUUGAAAUCAGGAUUCACGCGUGAAGAGCACACUUCUCCAGCAUGCCAGUGGCCAUUGAAGGUGAGCAUUUGCCCACUGAAGACGGUUACGAUGCCAAACUGCAGUCAGGUCAAGACCCUGGUGAGGACAACGAGCACGCAGAUGAGUUUCCCUGAGACGGAUUCUGACAGUCUGUGCAGAAAUUCUUCGGUUGUGAAAACCCACAGUUUCAUCAGCUGUCCGGGUGGCUGGUCUCAGACAAUUCCGUAGGUGAAGAAGCCCGAUGUGGAGGUCCUAGGCUGGCGUGGUUACACAUGGUCUGUGUUGUGUGACAAAACUGCACAUUUUAGAGUGGCCUUUUAUUGUUCCCAGCACAAGGUACACCUGUGUAAUGAUCAUGCUAUUUAAUCCGCUUCUUGAUAUGCCACACCUGCCAGGUGGAUGGAUUAUCUAAUACAACGUGCCAUUAGCUAACACAACGUGCCAUUGGAACACAGGAGGGAUGGUUGCUGAUAAUGGGCCUCUGUACGCCUAUGUAGAUAUUCCAUUCAAAAAUCUGCAGUUUCCAGCAACAAAAGUAAUUUACAACAUUAACAAUGUAUUUCUGAUCAAUUUGAUGUUAUUUUAAUGGACAAAAAAUUGCUUCUCUUUCAAAAACAAGGACAUUUCUAAGUGACCCCAAAAUUUUGAACGGUAGUGAAUAUAUAAACAGCUGCUUGAAAGCGGUCUGCUAGCUGUGUGUUUAUAUUCUCUUCAGUUUGGCUAACUGUUUGGCUAACACUGAGUGUACAAAACAUUCCUAAAAUUGAGUUGCCUCCCCUUUUGCCCUCAGAACAGCCUCAAUUUGUCAGGACUUGGACUCUACAAGGUGUGGACAGUGUUCCACAGGGAUGCCCUCCCAUGUUGACUCCGAUGCUUACCACAGUUGGUGUCAAGUUGGCUGGAUGUCCUUUGGGUGGUGGACCAUCCUUGAUACACACGGGAAACUGUUGGUUGUGAAAAACACAGCAGCGUUGCAGUUCUUGACACACUCAAACUGGUGCGCCUGGCACCUACUACCAUACCCCGUUUAAAGGCACUUAAAUAUUUUGUCUUGCCCAUUCACCCUCUGAAUGGUACACAUACACACUCCAUGUCUCAAUUGACUCAAGGUUUAAAAAGUCCUUCUUCAACCUGUCUCCUCCUCUUCAUCUACACUGAUUUAAGUGGAUUUAACCAGUGACAUCAUUAAGGGAUCAUAGCUUUCACCUGGUCAGUAUAUGUUUUGGAAAGAUGUUCUGUACUCAGUGUAUAUUUCAAUGUACAGAGAUUUGUGUGUACUAUGUGUGUUGUGACUGAGCUGUGAGUCCAGUAGUCUGUUAUGUUUGCUUGUUUGUCUGUUCAGAAGGGCACAACAUUACAGAACUUUAAGAUAGAAAUGUAUUGUGUAGAACAGAUAUGAUUGUCUGUCAUGUAGUUAAGGGAUAUGUCGUGCUCUUUCUGAUAACCUCAUCUCUGAGGUUGUCAUGGUAACAGAGACCUUUACCUAAAUACACCUGACAAUCCCUCCACCAAUCAACACUAAGCCUUCCACUGAUCAACUUCCUAUGGUGCAAAUACAGAAUAUACAGUAUGUUAAUAUAUAUGUGAAAUUCAUUUGUUAACUUAAUUUUGGUGCAAAUGUAUAUGAAUAUGUAUUAACUUAUUUGUGGACAAAUAUAUAUGAAUUUCAUAUGGUGCAAAUAUAUAUUAACUUAAUUUAUUAAAGCAAUAAUACACUUGA